UUACCUUGCUGAGAAUGCAGCGACACUACACCGUAGUCAUGGACCUCUUUUUUUUAGGUGGAGAUCCGUAACUGGUAACUGUAGUGCGAAUAUCCACUCCUUUUUUUCUACAGCAGAACCCGGGUAGAUAGGCAACUCACCGUACACUCCUGUCGUGCGCCACCACAUUAAUAGUCUGUCUGUGAUUGGCUGUUCCAUAAUGGUUCCAUAUUUGUAUUUCAGCUGUUAAAUCAUAAACAAUUAACGUGAUGACCAUAAAAAAAAUAUUGUUCUGUGCUGAUAUAAGCAGGAAAAUUUUACGAGACGUUAGUUUAGAUACCUACAGACUAUGGUUUUACGUAAUUUAUUUUCAGAUCAUGCCAUGAAAAAAAUAGCAAUUUGUCUGACAUGUAUGCUGAUGCUGAUAGUUCUGAUUUUUCAUCCCGAUAGGCAUUCCAAAUAUUACACGUUUAUUGCAAUUGUGGACACUUAUAAGGAACUUUUUUUCAAUUCAUUUGAGAUCAACAAAAAUGUGAGCAAAUGUUCUGCAGAUUUUUACAAACGGUUAAUUGAAAGUAAAAGAGAAGCAGUUCUGCAAAAUAUUUACGUCUCGAAACAUUUUAUAUCUCCAGCACAUGGUGGAGAGUAUGCUAACGAUAACUGUAAUCCAAUGUUUAGUGUAGCGAUUAUUGUUCCUUAUAGAAACCGGACAGCUCAAUUGCAAAUGUUUGUGAACUAUAUGCAUUACUUUCUGCAAGAGCAGAAGGUUCAUUAUCGUUUAUUCAUCGUGGAACAAAGUGACAGACUGCCAUUUAAUCGUGCAAAAAUGAUGAAUGUGGGUGCAUUAGUAGCAAUGAAAAUGAAUUAUUCGUGUUUAAUAUUACAUGACGUUGACUUACUACCACUAAAUCUUCAAAAUAUUUACGCUUGUUCCAACAAACCGAGACAUAUGUCUAGUAGUAUUGACACAUUUAGGUAUAAUCUACCAUACUUGGAAUUGUGCGGUGGAGUGCUUAGUAUACAAUCUUCACAAUUUAGAAAAAUUAAUGGAAUGUCUAAUUUUUUUUAUGGAUGGGGAGGGGAAGAUGACGAUUUGUUUAAAAGAUUACAGAAAUAUGAUUUAACACCUGAUAGAUUAUCUCCUGAAGUUAGUGUUUACACAAUGAUACUACAUAAAAAGGAAAUGGCCAGUGCCACUAGACUCGAGAACCUGAAAUAUUCAACUGAUAGACAAGAAACUGAUGGCCUAAAUACUAUUGGAAAUAACCACGAAGUUCAUUUGAAAUCAUUAUAUACCCAUAUCCUAGUAUUUUAAGUGUUUGAUGUGAUGUUUCUGCAGUUAUAUAUAAAAUUUAAUUUUUAAUUUGAC